CCUCCGAUUGCAAUCCACAAACGCAACGCAACGCAACGUCACCCGAGGAGCCCACCCACCCCUCUCUCGCGCGUCCGUCCGUCUUCGCUACGUAAACCCUACUCGCCGGCGAGAGAGAAGAGGAUCGGAAGGCCCAUCCAUCGCCGACGACAAUGGCGUCCCGCGUCAAGUUUGAGAACUCGUGCGAGGUGGGCGUCUUCGCGAGGCUCACCAACGCCUACUGCCUCGUCCCCGCCGGCGCCGCCUCCCAGGGCUUCUACAGUGUGCUCGAGGGCGAGCUCGCCGGCGCCGUCCCCGUGGUCAGGACCUCCGUCGCCGGCACCAGGAUCGUCGGGAGGCUCUGCGUCGGCAACAAGAGAGGGCUGCUGCUUCCCCAUACCGCCACCGACCAAGAGAUCCAGCACCUGAGGAACAGCCUGCCCGAUGAAGUGGUGGUCAAGUGCGUGGACGAGCGCCUUUCCGCCCUGGGAAACUGCAUUGCCUGCAACGACCAUGUCGCUCUCACACACCCUGACCUCGACAAGGAAACUGAAGAAGUCAUCUCAGACGUUCUCGGUGUAGAGGUGUUCAGGCAAACGAUUGCAGGGAACAUCCUGGUUGGGAGCUACUGCACCUUCACCAACAAAGGAGGACUGGUUCACCCGCAGACGUCGGUAGAGGACCUGGACGAGCUGUCGACGCUGCUGCAGGUGCCCAUGGUCGCCGGCACCGUCAACAGGGGCAGCGAGGUCGUCUCCGCCGGCAUGGCCGUCAAUGACUGGACGGCCUUCUGCGGCUCCGACACCACGGCGACCGAGGUGUCGGUGGUCGAGAGCGUCUUCAGGCUCAGGGACCCCCGCGCAGGGGCGCUGGGCUCGGUUCAGGAUUUCUUUACGAGUGGAGCUGGGCUUUUGCCGGAGCCAAGACAAAAAACAAGGCUCUGCUGAGUUUUGCUACUGGAGAGAGUGGAGACCAAUCGCUUCGCUUUGGCCAGUUUUGCCUGCAGCUGCAUUGCCGUACCAUUGAGUACUAGCAUUUGUAUCGUGAAAACUGAAAACUUACUAUCAAAAGACACUAUUUAGUAAAAUGUUUUUUUUCUUUCCUA